AUGGCCGAGCUUGAACGCACAUUGCCAGCUUCAUGGUAUUGCAGCCUUCCGCUCUACCAACUUGAGCGAAGGGCUGUUUUCAAGAAGUCUUGGUAUCUUAUUGGACCUGUGACGAAAUUUCAGAAUCCCGGCGAAAAGGUCGAGUAUGAGGUUGCACAGCAGCCAAUUCUGGCUUUCCGAACCUCUGGUGAUUCCCCCUUGCCCGAGCCAGGCGAAUUCCAAGUGAUUUGUGCAAAAACAGAAAAGCCGCUGCGCUAUCAUAUUACCUCGACCGGCCUCAUAUUCACAACCAUAUCCGACGAAGCACCGAGCUUUCAUGAGUAUUUCCCAGACCUGGAGCCAUUGCUGCAAAGGGUAGAUUUCACCAGACUACCCUACAGGCACAGCAUCAAAUAUGAAGGCCGGUUCAACUGGAAGACCAUGGUCGACGGCUAUCAAGAAUGCCUUCAUUGCCAAUACACCCAUCCAUCGUUCUCCAUUUAUUAUCCCCCGACGUUCUAUACCGUCCACAACCACCAGAACUUUUCGCAGCAUAUCGCAGAUCCUCAGAAACCAGAUGAUGGACUGUUCCUCUAUUUCUUCCCGAACUGUACACUGAACGUGUACGGUGGAGGGAUGUCCUCAUUCCGAGUUUGCCCAACCGAGGAUCCAAACGUCACUCGAAUGGAAUUCGACUACUACCAUAUGGAGUCGGGCGAGAAGUUCGAAGAAUACUUCAAGUUCGUCCGUCAGGUAGCGUUGGAGGACUACGAGCUCUGCGAGAAAGCCCAGGGUAACCUUGGAAAAGGCAUUUACAGUGAAGGGAUCCUGAAUCCGGAGAAAGAGAAUGGUGUCUCGUUCUACCAGGAUCGGGUGUUUGAAUUAAUACGGUGUCCUGGCUUUUCUGACAAGGCCUUGGGUCAAGGACGUUUACUAAAGCUCACCCGAAACUCAUUGAUCGAUCAAAUCGAGCUCGCUAUGGAAGCGUUCAUAUUCCCUGUAGCGCCCAUGUUGCUUGCACUGCUAGCUAGUGUAGCGUUUCUAUAUCGGUUCUGGCCACACUUAUUGAUCCCAAGCGCUGAGCUACUGUAUUCUAAGAAACCUAAAGCCUUUCGAUCAGUCUCUGGAGUUGCGGAGGAAGAAAGUUGUGGAGUGUCCAAAGAGUCGGAUUUCCCACCAGGUUGGUGGUCGAGCAAAGACGUUUUUGAACUUGAAAAGCGCGCGAUCUUUAGCAAGACGUGGCUUUGCAUCUCUCACCGCAGCCGCUUUACGAAGGCUGGUGACUAUCAGUCCUACGAGGUGGCUGGGUUUCCUAUUUUCCUGAUUCUAGGGAAGGAUGGGGAAGUUAGAGCUUUCCACAACGUCUGCCGCCAUAGAGCGUACACCGUCACAAGAAAGGAACACGGGUCUUCUGCGGUGCUUGGCUGUCGAUAUCACGGCUGGAGUUAUAACACUUAUGGCGAGCUUACAAAGGCUCCUCAUUUUGAUGAAAUUCCAGGGUUUGAUAGGUCACAGAACAGCUUGUUUGCUAUUCAUACGGUGACAAAUGAAGCUGGACUUGUGUUCGUUAACCUUGAAGCCAGUCCAACGGUUUCGACCACCGACACUAGUCUCUUAGAUGCUUUUGCUAGAAAGAAUCGGUUAGAUCAUCAGUCAAUAUGGGUAUCAGGGCAGACAAUCGAGGCAGACUUUAACUGGAAAAUGGCUCUCAGGUCGAAGCAAUUGACCACCAUUGUCAGGCUAGAAGAUGCGAUGGGGAAGAAGAACUCCAUACCAUUAGUGGCUAGCAUCCGAGGCUACUUUCAAGUGAAACUGGAGCGCUUUUCAUUCCCUCCUUUCACCUCUUUCCAUCUCAUUAGGGGCACCGGAUGGUGGUGUGCCUUGAGUUUCCUACCAAUAUCUGAGCAGAAAACCGCAGUCCGAUACGACUUGUAUUGCUCUAAGAAUGAGAAUUCCCGAUCCCAGGAAGCUGCAGCUAAGUUAGUCGAUAUAUUGAGAGAGAAAAUACGGGAGCUAGAAGCAAUUACAUUGAUAAACACAAACCGACUGACUGCUGGGAAUUUAGGAAUACUGCAUCUGGGCCCUCAAGCCUUCAUUCCAAUGUGUUGGAAGAAUAUCCUCAACCGUCUUGAAGACCAUGUCAAACUGGAAAAAGCUCAAGGAACCGAAAUCUUCCCAGCUAUGAGAAAGCCAAGAGAGAAUCCUAAGUUCCAGCAAGCGGAGCAACUCUGCAAAGAACUCGACUGUAAGAGUGAGUUGAAACAAAAGGAUCUCGCAUGGUAA